UAGGAAUUGGAUUUCCAUUGGCUUAAAUUUGAAGGUUGUAUUUUGACAAUUGUGUUCAAACUUUGGCUGUCGUGAUAAUUUGAUAUACAAUAAUUCUCUAUUAUUGUUUUGUAAAUUCAGUGCAUUCAACUUCGAAAUAAUGUUCAAAAAGUUUGAUGAAAAGGAAAGCAUUUCAGGCGUUCAGCAGCUGAAGUCCUCGGUACAGAAGGGCAUCAGAUCCCGUCUGUUGGAACUGUACCCACAUCUGGAGAACCACAUUGACCAAGUACUACCCAAGAAGGAUACAUUUAGGAUUGUCAAAUGUCAUGACCACAUCGAGAUCAUGGUGAACAGUGCCGGGGAAUUGCUGUUCUUCAGACACAGAGAAGGUCCUUGGAUGCCAACCUUGAGGCUGCUGCAUAAAUAUCCAUUCUUCUUACCGAUGCAGCAAGUCGACAAAGGUGCUAUAAGAUUCGUUCUUAGCGGUGCUAAUAUAAUGUGCCCCGGACUGACUUCACCUGGAGCACGUAUGUCGAGUGUAGUGAAAGGCAGCGUUGUAGCUGUUAUGGCCGAGGGCAAGCAGCAUGCGUUGGCUGUUGGCAUAACUUCACUAUCAACUGAUGAUAUAGCGAAAGUCAACAAGGGCGUCGGCAUAGAGAACUGUCACUAUUUGAAUGAUGGCUUAUGGCAGAUGAAACCAGUGAAGUGAUGUGAUCUAGAUAUAUAUUUACUAAAAUUGUUUUAAGUUUCUUUGUAAUACAUGUAAUAAUAAAUAGUUUUAUUUCAUAAUAA